UGAAUCUAAAGCAGUUGAUCUGUAGGUAGAAAAUAAAAAUAAAAAUAUCCAUAGAGUGUAACAGGAACGAUAUCGUUUUAUCGGAUUUCAUUUAAUGUUGUUAGUCAGGAUCCUUGAUAAUUUCUGGAGGUCGUGGUUUCCACGUUUCUUAUAAUAAUCAGCCGGUGGUUACGAAACACAAAUUUCUUCACCUUUUCCUCUUCUUUAGGUCACCCUCACACCAUCUUUUCCAACCCAACUCAAUGCUUGCCCAAAGUGUAACGAAAAUGACGACUUUCAUCAUCCAUCAUGAAAGCCAAGAAAAGUUAUAGCCUUCGUAGUGUUUUAUUGCCUUUCCCUGCCUUUCUUUCAUAAGCUCAGGUCUAAUUAUUACGAACCAUUAUUUCAAACCCGGACCCGUCUUUGAUAUCUCACUCUCAACCCUCGAAUAUGGAGUCUCAUGGAGAGCUUUUGGACUGGGCCAUAAGCCACGGUGUCAAGCUAUCUGGCAUCGAACCAAAAUGCAUUCCCGGUCGGGGAAUAGGUCUCCUCGCGACUCGGGCGAUUGAGGCCGGCGAAAUUAUACUGGAGGUGCCUACAAAAUGUCUACGCAGCGUAGACACAGUACGCAAGUCAAUAACCCGCCACCUGCCUAAGGCGAUCUCCAUACACGGCCUCCUAGCCGCCGACCUGGCUUUAGACGCAUCAUCUAAGUACGCAGCUUGGAACGCCGUGUGUCCGAAGGUGGAGGACUUCCUCACCAUGCCGAUCUUCUGGGCUGAAGAACUACGCGCGCUUCUCCCCCGCGCGGCGCGCGACAUACUGACGAAGCAAGAAGCCAAGCUCGCCAAGGAUUGGGCCGCCGUGUCGGCUGCGUUCCGGGACAAGCUGGACGAGGAAAAGUACAUGUACGCGUGGAUGCUGGUCAACACGCGCACCUUCUACUACGUCAACGCGAACCUGAAGAAGCGCGGUAGGGACGACCAUAUGUGUCUUCAGCCCGUCGCCGAUUUGUUUAAUCAUGGUGAUGAGGGGUGUAAUGUGGCGUUCGACGACGAGGGGUUUGAAGUUAAGACUCUGCGACCUUAUGAAAAGGGUGAAGAAAUUAAGAUUUGCUAUGGUAGGCAUAGUGGGGAUUUCUUGCUUGCCGAGUAUGGGUUUGUGAUGGAUGAUAAUGGCUGGGACGAGGUUCUGCUUGAUGAUGUGAUCUUGCCGCGGCUGAGCGCUCGGCAGAAAGAGAGGUUGGAGGAAGUUGGAUUCUUAGGGAAGUAUGUCCUAGACAGUGAUACUGUCUGUCAUAGGACACAGGUUGCUGUUAGGUUACUGUGCUGUGGGAUUAGGGAGUGGAAGAGGUUCGUGGAUGGGGAUGACGACGGCGAACGUAGCCAGAGAGCAGUGGACAAAGUGCUGUUGGAUUUAUUACAGGAACAGGAACAAAUUGCCGAGAAGGCGAUAUCUGAGAUCGAAGCGUUGAAUGUCGGUGACGAACAACAAAGAGAUGUGUUAAUGAAGAGGUGGAGACAGAUUCAAAACUUGGUUGGAAUCAAUAUUACACAUCUUCAGUAGAACAAUAAAUAAGCACAGAAUGGUUUUUAACGGC